UUUCUUAUCAAAGAUACAAGUUAGCAAAACACAGGCAUAUUCCUUUUCUCCUCAGUAGCCUUAUUUUCCCGAUAGUCAUAUUUAAGGAUAACCAUGGCUAUCCACAAGAUCCUUUUCGCUUCACUUCUAAUCUGCUUACUGAUCCAAUCCAUUCAUGCUGCUACCAAAGAAAGGCUCUUCUCUGAUCUGGAGAAAAGCGCACUUGAGGUCACCGCUACACCCAGCCGUGUUGGAGAAGGUGUUGUUUUAGCUGCAGGAGUUGAUAAGUUGAGCAUUACAUGGAAGGUAAGCUCGACUGCUACAAAGGAGCCUGAAUUUAAUGCCAUUAAAGUAAAGCUGUGCUACGCUCCGGCCAGCCAAGUUGACCGACCAUGGCGUAAGACAGAAAAUGAGCUCUUCAAGGACAAGAGCUGCCCACACAAAAUCUCUUCAUGGUCCUAUGAUCCCGCUAUGAAAACCGCUCAAUCAUUCGACUAUACCCUCGAGCGCGACAUCCCUACAGGGACCUACUUUGUUCGUGCAUACGCUGUUGAUGCUAAGGACCAUGAAGUUGCUUUUGGACAGAGCACAAACGAGGACAAGACAAGCAAUCUCUUCAGCGUUCAGGCUAUCAGUGGCCGCCACAAGUCCUUAGAUAUUGCCUCUGUCUGCUUCAGCGUCUUUUCCGUCGUGGCUCUACUCGUCUUCUUUGUUAACGAAAAGAGGAAGGCUAAGAUAGAGCAAAGCAAAUAAGGCGUUAACUUUGGGUGAUUGCCACAUUGCACAAAAUGGCGUUCACUUUGAAUUUACAACUUUUAUUAAUUGCUUUUUGUUGGUUUCUUCCUUUGUACCUUUACUUGCGUGUUUGUAUAGUCAUAUUAAACCAUUCGAGAAAUGGCCAAUUUCUUUUUUUUUUUUUCUUCCAAAUAAA